CCUCUGAAACCCUAGCGCCGCACACACUCCCCCCGCCCGCCGCCGCCGCCGCACAGCCGCAGGGAGAGAAGGCAAGGAGGAGGAAGGAAGGGGAAGAUGCCGGCGGGGCACGGGCUGCGGUCGCGGACGCGCGACCUGUUCGCGCGGCCCUUCCGUAAGAAGGGGUACAUCCCGCUCACCACCUACCUGCGCACCUACAAGGUCGGGGAGCACGUCGACGUCAAGGUGAACGGCGCCGUCCACAAGGGCAUGCCGCACAAGUUCUACCACGGCCGCACCGGCCGCGUCUGGAACGUCACCAAGCGCGCCAUCGGCGUCGAGAUCAACAAGCAGGUCGGCAACAGGAUCAUCAAGAAGAGGAUCCAUGUGCGUGUGGAGCACGUGCAGCCAUCCAGGUGCAACGAGGAGUUCCUCCAGAGGAAACUCAACAAUGACAAGCUGAAGGCGGAGGCCAAGGCGCGUGGCGAGGUCAUCAGCACGAAGAGGCAGCCAGCAGGGCCCAAGCCUGGGUUCAUGGUGGAGGGCACCACCAUCGAGACGGUCACCCCCAUCCCGUAUGACGUCGUCAACGAUCUCAAGGGUGGUUACUAGAGCGCUUGUUUCCUGAGCAGAAGCUUGAGCCAGUUCUUAGUAUCUAUGCUUGUUCCCAAUGUUUUGGUACUGAGUAGUUCUCUUUUUGCUCCGCCGAGUGUGAACUUCUCUGUGGUUAACAUUAAAGAUUUCCUGUGGUUGAUUUCGUUCUUGACAUGCUGCUGGAUAUAUUUGCUUUUGGUUGA